UGUUGUUGUUCUCAGAUUUUUCUCUUCAGCUGUAUAAGUGCACCAGAAGGUUGAGAUUAAGCUUUCUGUGUUAACCAGAAUGGCCACUUACACUGCUUACAGUGGCUACAGCAAGCCACCUCAAUCUUAUGUUGGCAGUUACUACGAUGGGAAGCCGGCGCUGACAAAUGGAGAGUACGGAGAGUAUGGGGACUCUGUAUAUGAGGAAAAGAAGAAAAUUGAAAAACGGAAGCAACAAAAUGCUAUCUGCUGUGAGGUAGUAGCUCUCAUCAUUGGCUUCAUUGGACUAAUUGGCGUUGCCGCUGUGACGGGCCUGCCGAUGUGGAAGGUAACAGCCUUUAUUCAGGAGAACAUUAUCGUCAUGGAGACCCGCUGGGAGGGUUUGUGGAUGAACUGCUACAGACAAGCCAACAUCAGAAUGCAAUGUAAAGUGUACGAUUCCCUGCUGUUUCUGCCUCCUGAUCUCCAGGCUGCCAGGGGUCUGAUGUGCAGCUCUGUGGCUCUGACCACCUUCGCCCUUAUUGUUUCAGCAGUGGGGAUGAAAUGCACAAAAGUGGUGGACCACCGGGCUCGUACCAAGCAUAUUGUUCUUGUGGCUGGUGGCUGCCUGUUCCUCAUGGGUUGCCUUACAAUCAUAAUUCCCGUGUCCUGGACAGCCCAUGUCAUCAUCCAAGAUUUUUACAACCCUCUACUGAUCGAUGCCCAGCGUAGAGAGCUCGGGGAGGCCCUUUACAUUGGCUGGGUGACUUCAGCGUUGCUUUUCAGUGCCGGAGUGAUCCUGCUUUGCCGCCAUGCUCCCCGCACCCAAGAUCCAGAUGAGAGGUUUCAAUACAACCCCACAGGAAGCUUCUACCAACCCGCAUACACCAACCAGCCAGCAUACACCUACCAGCCAGCAUAUACCUACCAGCCUGCUUACUCUGCAGCCCCACCAGGAUCUGUGAUAUAUGCACCAAGUCAAUACUAAAGAUUUUUGGACUUUUUUUUAAAUAAACUUGCCAAAAUUUGGCACAUUUGAUGAGGAGAACUGAUUAACUGUCGUUCACUUGAAACAACCAGAUAUUUCUUUACUUAUCAAAGUGUACUGCAAAUACUCCGAAUCAUUAUGGACUUGAAUGUGUUUCGAUGCUGACAAACUGCUGGAUUUCUAUAUUCCUUGUUUGGGGGUUUUUUUUUAACCCUUUUGCUUAACUCACACUAAAUUAUAUUCUAGCACAGUAUGUGUAAUCUAUUACAUCUGUUAAUGUUACAACAAUUGCAUGUUGAUAUUGCGUUCUUUACAGUUUCUGACUUGCUCUCCAAGAACAAAUUGUCAACUAGGCCCUUUUUUCAGAUUGUAAACCAGUGAUUUGUUUUCAACACUGUUAUAAAUUAAAAUAUUACAUACAAGUUUUUUCAAAAUGCUGGCCAAAAUAUCUGGCCAAAUUUGUUUUUUUCCUAAUAAAGUAAAUGGCUUGUAAAAGAGAA